UUUAACCGUCAAACAAAGCACCUGGCAAAUUGGGACCGAUUCGCAAUGGCCUCUAAGACACCGGAUAAUGUUAUAAUACGCGUUAUGAGGAAAGAGGACUAUAAGAAUGUAAGGGCAUUAUUUAAAGAAGACUUUCUUGCCUCGGAGCCCUUGUGUCAAUUAAGCGGCAUAGCAUCUCAAUGGCAGAACGAGGAAAAAGGCGGAAAUGACGACAAUAAUCUUUCGGUGAUCGCUCAGGGCACCUGCUUGGUGGCCCUCGAUGAGGACGACGGUGGCCGACUUGUGGGAUUCGUCCUGGCCGAAGCCCAGUUCCCCGAGGAUAUCGAAAAGCAUCGCAUUGAGGCGGAGACCUCUCGACAAAAUGGUUUUGGUCGCAUUCGUGUCAUUCUGUUCAAAGUUGAACGGGAGGCCAAUAUCUUUGAGCGCUUUGGCAUCUCGAAAGUGCUCUACUCCAAAGUCACCUGUGUGGAUGCUUCGAUGAGGGGCAAAGGAAUUGGAUCGCGACUUGCCGCCGCUUUGAUGGAUGUCGGCAGAUCCAAGGGAUUCCCUGCAAUGUUGGCCCACUGCACGAGCUUCUUCUCCGCCCGCCAGAAGCAGGCCCUGGGGAUGCAGUGCAUCUACUCCCUCGCCUACGCCGACUACAAGGACGAUCAAGGACGUCCCAUUUUCACCCCUGCAGAACCUAACACAAUGCUACGAGUAAUGGCUAUUAAACUGUGAGAAUAUUUUUCAUACAAAAUAGAGUGCAGUGAAGUGAUUUAUUUUGCGGUAAAAAUCUUUCUAAAAUGAGUUUGUUCCAAAAUGUUGAUGCUCAUAGUUAAAAAGUUCUUUAUUGUUUU